AGACUCCACUGCUGAUUCACGACAGUUUCACAAACACACAGCCGUCUCGCUUUACGGUAGUGUGUGUCGCUCGAGCCAGGCAGCUGUCAGAAGGCAAUGCGAAUUGGACUGCCCAGUGCAGAGACACUGCAAGGUGGAUCCUUGAAAGCUUUGGUUGUGACGGUGCUCCUGAGUGUGUUUAUGUUCCAGCUGCUGAGGACUGUUGGACUGAGGGCGUUUUCCAUGGCAUCUGAGACUUACACAUCAGGCACACACUCUGCCGCUUUCGUCACUUGUCCUAAUGACACAGUGGCUAAAGAACUGGCCAGGGGUAUUGUGGAAAGGAAGCUAGCUGCGUGUGUCAACAUCGUCCCAGCAAUCACAUCGGUAUAUGAAUGGCAGGGUAAGAUUGAAGAGGACAAUGAAGUGCUUCUGAUGAUUAAAACAAGAAGUACCAAGGUGCCUGCUCUUGCCGAAUAUGUCCGCUCUAACCAUCCUUACGAGGUGGCCGAGGUCAUCAGCCUGCCUAUUGACCAGGGCAACCCGCCCUACCUCAAGUGGAUAGGGGAAAUAGUCCCUGAGUAAGGAUGGAGUGGAUGAAUUCAUUCAUGGAUUAAUGUUGGAAAACAUGUACACAGUUACUGUUUCCUUUGAAGAGACGUCAAGACACUAUCCAAAUCUGUAAUGGUAUUUCUAACUGCAUACGACCAAGAGUUAGAAGACAAUUAAAAGUGCCCAUUGUGUGAAUAAGUACCACACUGGGAGUUUUGAAAUGAUUCAAAUUAUGAUAGAGCUAAGAUAUUUCCUUUUUGCUGUGCUCCAGCCAUCAUUUGAUUCGUCCAAGUGCUGAAUAUUUUCCCUUCCAGUAUGUUUACCUCUAGAGGGCAGCCUUGGUCUUUAAUUUUCAGAGUCAGCCAGGUGCAGAAUGAACUGUGCUGCAGCUUUGACUUGUCUGAAAAUGCCACUAAAAUGUUUGAACAGACAUCUGAUAGAUUUCCAUGGUGAAAGAAGCAUUUUUGCAAUAAAGAGGAGGAUUAUUUUUUAA